AUGUAAGAAACCCAAUCAAAUGAUAAUUAUAUUGCUCUGGAUAUAACCACAUAACAAUCAGUAGGAUCUGAACAAGCACAAAAAAGAGAAAGUAGAACAAAAAAAAAAGUAUUUAUAAACAUUAUUUAGAAUAAGAUUAAGAUAAUACCUCCUUUAAGAAACGAAAAUUUCUACAAUUAAUAGAUAAGGGCAGACUUUAUAAUGAAAGUUUACAUCUGUCUAACGAUGGAACUAACAUUUACUUUUGUUAUGGUGAUCUUAGGAUUAUAUACAAAUAUGCAGUAUUGGUUAGUGACUACUGGAUAGUAAAAAAGUUGUUAUUGUGCUUUUGGCAAUUUUGCAUAAUGUGGAUGUACAUAUUUUAGUCAUUAUUAUCCCACUUGGUUGUUUUAUGUUUCCAUAACUGUUUCUAUAAUACUUCACAUCACUGUAUUUUGUGGAGGUAAAAGAAUUAGAAAGGUAUGAUAUUAGUAUUGAGAUUUAGAGACCUUGGAACUUGAUUAUCUUAGGACUUUAUAUUCUAUUUUUUGGAUUCUUGGUAACAAAUCUUUGUAUCCUAAUCGCAUAUGAAUUUGGAGUAGGAAUAGUGUGGUAGGCAAUAGGAAUCACCUUUAUCUUUGUUUUGGCUUUGACUGUUUAUUAAUUUAAGACUAAAAACUGUUUAUCAUAUAGAGGUAUAAUGUAUUCCAUAUAUUUUAAGUUGGCUCAAUUUGUCUAUUUAUUCCGACAUUGGCAAUUAUGCUAAUUUUAAUGGGAGUAUAUUCAAACUAUGCUCUUUCAAUAUUUUUAUGCACUCUCUUCAUAAUUGGAGAAGGGUUCUUUUUGAUUUGGGAAACACAAAUGAUUAUUGGUGAUGAGGUAAGAAAAUUCGUAAAUUCUAGAAACUAAAAUUAACAAUUGAUGAUUAUGAAAUAGGAUCAUUGUUAUUGUAUGCAUCUAUAAUUCAGUUGAUUUGGAGGAUAAUGAUCUGGAUUAUGGCAAUCAAAGACAGAAAGUAAAUAUAUAUCUUUAUAUCAAUAGAGUUGGAAAGGAAAUAGUUAGAGAAUGUACAUUACAUCAGCUUAACAAGAAGAGCUACAAAGAAGCAAAAUGA